GUCCUGCUUAAAUUAGACAUAAUAUCGGAUUACAUAUAGGUUUAAGUGCGACUUCAGAGCACACAGAGGACUGCAGAGAUGAGUUCAACCGUUACUAUAGAGCACACUGUGAGCAAAGUCACAAAUGGCCACCUUCAUGUGGAUGAAGCUGAACUGGACCGUUCAGUUGGUGAGCAGUUCCUCUCCGAGGCUUUCAAAGUGAUCCUGGAGGAAGCGGUUCAUAAGGCUACCGACGUGAAGGAAAAGGUGUGUGAGUGGAAGGACCCUGACCAACUGAGGGCUCUUUUGGACUUGGAGCUGAGAGACCAUGGGGAAUCUAAUGAAAAGUUGCUGCAGAGAGUACAUGAUGUCGCCAAAUACAGUGUGAAAACCAAUCACCCUCGCUUCUUCAAUCAGCUGUUCACUGGAGUGGACUACCAUGCCCUGACUGGACGCCUCCUCACAGAGACACUCAACACCAGUCAGUACACCUAUGAGGUGGCUCCGGUCUUUGUUCUGAUGGAGGAUGUGGUUCUCCGCAGUCUGCGCUCCCUAGUGGGCUGGUCCGAGGGGGAUGGCAUAUUCUGCCCAGGAGGCUCUAUUUCUAACAUGUAUGCCAUGAAUGUGGCUCGAUAUUGGGCGUUUCCGCAGGUGAAGACUCAAGGCCUGUGGUCUGUCCCACGUCUGGCUGUGUUCACAUCACAGGAGAGCCACUAUUCGAUUAAAAAGUCGGCUGCCUUCCUAGGUAUCGGGACGGAAAACGUUUACCACGUGAAAGUGGACGAAAGUGGCAGAAUGAUCCCAGAAGACCUUGAAGCUAAAAUUGUUCAUGCCAAAUCACAAGGUGCUUACCCGUUCUUUGUCAACGCUACAGCUGGCUCCACCGUACAAGGAGCCUUUGACCCUCUGGAGAGCAUCGCUGACAUAACUGAGAGGAACGGAAUGUGGAUGCACGUUGAUGCCGCUUGGGGAGGAAGUGUGCUGUUUUCCAAGAAACACAAACAUCUAAUAGCAGGAAUUGAAAGGGCCAACUCUCUAACCUGGAACCCACAUAAAAUGCUGACGACUGGCCUUCAGUGCUCCGUUAUUUUGCUGAGAGACACAACGAACCUGCUGAUGCACUGCUACUGCGCCAACGCCACCUACUUGUUUCAGCAAGACAAGUUCUACGACACACAUCUGGACACCGGGGAUAAGUCCAUCCAGUGUGGACGCAAGGUGGAUUGUCUGAAACUGUGGCUCAUGUGGAAAGCUAUCGGCUCGCAGGGCCUCGCUGACCGGGUCGACAAGGCUUUCGCCAAUACAAGGUAUCUUGUUGAGGAGAUGAAGAAAAGAACAGGGUUUCAGCUGGUCUCUGAGCCGCAGUUUGUGAACGUGUGCUUCUGGUUUGUGCCACCCAGCCUGAGAGGGAAGGAGAAUGACACAGAUUACCAGGACAAAUUAGCAAAGGUGGCACCGCUCAUCAAGGAACGCAUGGUGAAACAUGGCUCUAUGAUGGUGGGUUAUCAGCCUCUGGAUGGUCGAGUCAAUUUUUUCCGCAUGGUCAUCCUUUCUACCCAGCUGCAGCACAGCGACUUGGACUUCUUCCUCGACGAGAUUGAGAGGCUGGGGAAAGAUCUGUAAAUGAGCUCUGGGUGCUGUUCAUCAUUCGUUCUUUAGUCAUUGUCCAUCAUUGUUCUUUCCAGAGGCAUUCUUUAAGGUUGCUCUCUAUCGCCUUUUGAUUUUCUUAGACAAGCAGUGAGUUUCAUAAAUCAGUUUGUAAUUUAGCUGGAACAGCACUGGCGCUUUGCUGAUAAGAUUGGGGACCACUGACUUAGAACUGCUAAAUGAAGUUUCUUAGAAACAUUGCUGGGGCUUCUAUUAUUCAUCACUUCCUGUUCAACCUUCUUUCAUUCUUCUUUUCUGGCUGUAGACUUCGUUUAUCUUCCAGACUUCUUCCAACUUUUGACUCGAAGCAGACCUCUUCCUGUGCAGGAUUAGAUUAGACUGCUUUUGUGUUUGUUCUUUCGUUCUUUCUUUCUUUCCUUCUUUCUAGAUUCCAGGUUCCUCACAGUCCUUCAGUCAUGUGGCUACUUUUUCAAUAUUUAAGCAUCAUUUUAUAAAUAAUUUCUACAUUUUUACAGCCACUCCUUUUUGCAUCUUAAUUUACAUCAAACACCUAUCCCUGCAGUUUUACUGCAACCCUUUUCAUUCUUGUCAACAUGAUAAAAAUUGAGUGUAGCAAUAGGUCAAUUUUAUUACUUUUAUUUUUUAAUGAAGAAAAAGGAGAGCUUUUCUAGCUUUUCUUAUAGUCAGUAGCCUACUGACAAUAAUGUUGUAAUAUCAAGAACUUAUGUGUGCUAGAUCAGCUAAAUGGACGGUUUAUUAGGUACCGCUGUCAUACUGGUGCACUUUAUAGAUAUAAUAUCACUGAUGGACAGAGAAGAGGGGGCUGAAAAUGGUUCAUAGCAACAGAUGGGCUACAGAUAGGAAUUGUUCAUCUAUAGGGUAGUUGUACCUGAUGAAUGUUGGUAAAACUGGCUAUAAUAAACUGACAACUGAAUGUAUAUUAAUGCAACGAAUCAAUUUAUGUGGCUGCAACAGAAAUUGCUGGGUUAGAAUAAAUUGGUCCCUGGUGUCUAGUAGCUAUGUAAGUCAGAAUGUAAACCCAUUGUAAUGAAUUAGUUCUAGUUGUUUUUUUGUAAGCAUCAACUUUUGAUACAUAAGUGUGUUUGAAUACAUCUGAAUUUUCUUCUUCUUUUACUUACAGGAAAAAAAUCCACCCUGAACAACUCACUAUCAAUAUUUAUAACAUAUGAUCUUUAACAUAUGUACAAUAUUUUUAACAUAUGAUCUUCCUUUGUCCAAAAGAUUUAUUUUAUGAUAAAUUCUGAGAUGACUUUUUUGGAUUAACUUCAGUUUGGUCUGUUUUCCCUAUAGCUAAAGGUUUCCCGUGUUACCCAUAAUGAAUUCCAGUGAAUUCACCUCUACCGAAAAAGGGCGAUGCAGCAGCGCUUUAGUGCUUUAUUCUGGCCAGCUCUCUCACCUCCUCACCUGUACACUCUGCUCAAACAGACCUUUCAUGCUAAUACCACCAUCAACUCCAUCGUACUCGUCAUCAUAGAUUUUUAAAUUGCAGAGCCGAGUUUCUGCCGUAACUCCAGGUGCAAACACGUCUUAUUAGCUUGCAUCUAUUGCAUUCUGGAGUCCAACAUUUGCUGUUCCAACUAAUUCUACACGAGACUUCUCAUUAAUGACAUUGAACAUUGCUAAAAGUGGUGAGUGAGAAAAGAAGCUCUUCGUCCAUUAUGUCUGAGAUAAUUUUUUUUUCCCUAUUAAAUGCCAUUGUAACUGUGUUAGCGAUGUUCCCCUGUGACAAUAGUGCAGCACACAAUCACAACUUCUCACAGGAAUAACCGACAAAAUACCACCAGACUCACUUAGAACAUCAGAAGAUUUUUUUUCAUAUAAACAUAUAUGAGGUGUUUCAGGGUGGAAUUUUCCUUAGACUGUCUUAGACUGUCUGUCAGACUUUAACGUCCUAUUGUGUAGACUUGUCUUAAUGAGAAACACAAGAGGGCACAUGCUACUGUUUGUAGUCAACUUAAUUUAUCAAUGAAUGACAUUUUUUUUUCAUGGACAAAGUACAAGUGUCAACAUGUCAGAUUGACAAUAAAAUGGUUUGUGAACUAGA